AUGAAUCCAGAAAAAGGGGCGGUUAUGGACAAGUGUAGUGGGGGCAAUUUGAUGCCAUUGGCUAUUGUUGGCAUGUCCUGUCGUCUUUCGGGAGAUGCUACCAGCCCUGAUACUCUCUGGGAGUUGUGCUCUCGUCGGCGAAGUGGUUGGUCCACGAUCCCAGAGCAUCGAUUCAAUGCUGCGGCUUUCUACCAUCCCAAUCCGGAUAGAAAUGGAACUUUCAACUUUAAUGGCGGCUACUUUCUCAAGGAAGAUAUCGGCCUCUUUGAUGCGCCAUUCUUUAAUCUCACCAAGCACGAGGCAGAGUCCAUUGACCCACAGCAACGUCUGAUGCUUGAAUGCACCUACGAGGCGCUUGAGAAUGGAGGUAUUACAUUGGAAUCACUGGCUGAUGAUCAAGUGGGCGUCUUCGUUGGCGCAUCGAUCUCGGAUUACGAUUUGAACAAUUACAAGGAUAGCGAAAAUAUUUCACGGUACAACGCAACCGGAUGCGCGUUGUCGCUUCAAUCCAACAGAGUUUCAUACUAUUUCAACUUCAAAGGUCCAAGUAUUACCAUUGAUACUGCAUGCUCGUCUAGCUUGACCGCAUUACAUAUCGCCUGUCAAAGCCUUAGAUCACGGGAAUCGACCUGCGCAAUUGUCGGCGGUUGCCAUCUAAACCUGUUACCGGAUGUGUUCAUCUCCAUGUCUCUCCAAAGGCUUUUCUCUAAUGCUGGAAAAUGUUACCCAUUUGAUCAUAGAGCGCAGAGUGGAUUUGGACCUGGAGAGGGUGCAGCGUGUAUUGUCCUCAAACAGUUGGAUGUUGCGAUUGAAGCCGGCGACUCAAUAAGGGCUGUAAUAGUCAACAGUGGGAUAAAUCAAGACGGGCGGACCCAGGGAGUUACGAUGCCGAAUAUUGCCGCUCAGGAACAACUUAUUAGAUCGGUUUAUGCGCAAGCUCACAUAGACCCUAUAGAUACCGGAUACGUGGAAGCGCAUGGGACUGGCACCAAAGUUGGCGACCCGAUAGAGGCGAGUGCGCUUCAUACUGUUUUCGGCAAGGGAAGGCCGUCGAAGAAACCUUUGUUUGUGGGCUCAGUUAAAUGUAACGUCGGCCAUACUGAAGGGGCAAGUGGAGUGGUUUCAGUAAUAAAAACGGCAAUGAUGCUUGAGAAGGGUUUUAUUUUACCGAACUGUGAUUUCGAGAAACCGAAUAAUGCUAUUCCAUUGGAGGAAUGGAAUUUAAAGGUGCCCAAAAGACAAGUGCCAUGGCCCCGCGAGAAAACUUACGCCAGCGUCAAUAAUUUUGGAUUUGGAGGAUCAAACGCCCAUGUCAUUCUAAAGAAGGCCCCGCCCCUAUCAGAAGUUGCCUGGAAAGCCCGAUCCGAUCUUGAGACGCCAGCACCAAAACCUUCCCUCCUGCGCAAGGUUUAUACUCUGUCCUCUCAUAACAGGGGGGGUUUAGCUCAGCAGAUAAAGGCCCUUGAAAUAUACUUAGAGAAGCAUCCAGAAGCUUUCGAUCUUCACUUGAUGGACAACUUGGCCUACACACUUUGUCAGCGACGAAAUCACCUUCCGUGGAGAGUUGCAGUUUCGGCUCCGUCCAGCACACAGCUGAUAGAAGUUCUGUCUACAAUUACCACACCCACGAGGUCUGCAGGGGAGCGAGUAAUCGGAUUUGUUUUUACUGGCCAGGGUGCCCAAUGGAAUGCCAUGGGUAGAGAGCUCCUUGUUGCCUAUCCAAUAUUUAGAGCCACAAUGGAAGCGGCAGAUCAGUGCCUGGUUAAACUAGGUGCUAUGUUUUCCUUGAUCGAUGAGUUAUCCAAGGAUACCGGUACAAGUUUUAUUUCUGAAGCGUGUUUCAGUCAGCCCUCUUGUACAGCGAUUCAGAUAGCUUUGACAGAGCUUCUAAGUUCGUGGGGGAUACGGCCUGUUUCCGUGGUUGGCCACUCUAGCGGUGAGAUUGCUGCGGCGUAUGCUGCCGGUAUGCUUUCGCUCGAAGAUUGCAUCACCAUUGCCUACACUCGGGGAACCGUAGCAGACCAAAUAUCGAAGGAACUUCCAGAAGUCAAAGGAGCCAUGUUGGCCGUUGGGGCGGGUGCAUCGGAUAUAGGCCCUCUUCUUGACACUCUUCAAGGAGGAAGAGCAGUAAUUGCCUGCAUCAAUAGUCAAAAGAGCGUUACGGUCUCUGGCGAUGAAACAGCAAUAAGUGAAUUGCAAAGCAAGGUUGACGAUCAAGGAAUUUUCAAUCGAAAACUCCCAGUGAACGUAGCAUAUCACUCCCAUCAUAUGAGACUAGUUUCGGAAAGAUAUCGGUCGAUGAUGGGAAAUAUCGUCCCAAAAUCCGCAGCCAUCAAAUUCCACUCAUCAGUGUUCGGUCACCAAGCCACAUAUUCCGAUCUUACCAGUGACUAUUGGGUAGACAACUUCGUAUCUCCUGUCGAGUUUGUACGCGGCCUACAAAGCCUGUUGGAAAAUCGAGCUACCUCUGGCAAACAAAUAAAUACGCUUGUUGAGAUUGGACCACACCCAGCACUGAAGGGCCCUAUCCGAGAUAUUCUACAGCAUGAUUCCCUGGGUGGAAAGAUAAAAUAUCUGCAUAGUCUUAAGCGCGAACAAGACGCCGUUGAGGCAAUGCAGGGACUGGGGACGGAGUUAUUCAUGAAUGGGGCUAAACUCAACUUCAACUCCAUCAAUUUUCCGUCCGACAAAGGAAAGAGACCUGUCUUGCUAACGAAUCUGCCGAGUUAUCCUUGGAAUCAUACUACAAAAUACUGGCAAACCUCCCGUCUGUCUCAAAAUCAUUGUCAUAAGCCUUUUCCACGAAACGAUAUUCUUGGCUCACUCUCUGUAGAAAGCGACGAUAUAGAACCCAGAUGGAGAAACGUUCUGCGGGCAGAUGACCAUCCAUGGAUUCGACAUCAUAGAGUUCAAGGAAACAAUGUAUAUCCUAUGACUGGUUACCUUGCCAUGGUGCUGGAAGCCGCAACCCAGCAUUCAAUUAUGAAAAAGGUAGAGUUCGAUCACUUUGUAUUUCGGGAAGUGUCUAUUGGGAGAGCCCUGAUUAUUUCGGACACGUCUGCAGUCGAAACUAUGACUACUCUAAGACCGUACGCGGAGGGCACUAGAAUAUCGUCGGAUGCUUGGAGUGAAUUUCGAGUAUUUUCAUGGUCGGAUACUAAAGGAUGGGAUGAGCAUUGUCGAGGACUCGUGAAGGUUCAUAAAAUCGGGGGCCCAAACCCCGUUGACGGCUCUUAUCAGCACAUAGAGAACUCCGUUUAUAUCAAAGAGCAGGUAGCUGCAUUUCACUCCAAUUGCGCAUCUACCCCUGAUGUCCAUGCAAUGUAUGACGCUGUUGCCGCCAAUGCUCUGGAGUAUGGCCUGUUAUUUCAAGCAGCAUCGAAAGUUUUCGUCGGUAAUCAACAAGCGAUAUUCGACAUAUCGGUGACUGACACAAGAGGUUCUAUGCCUCAAGAAACCGAAACCGACUUAAUCAUUCAUCCUGCGGCUUUAGAUGCGUGUGUGCAAAUUGUAUGGCCUCUCCUGGGAUUUACUAACCCGGGGCCGCAUUCCCUUUACCUACCAUCCUUCUUAAAAGGCCUGUCUAUUCCCCGCUCAACGUCCAUGCCAAUUGGGGGCCAAUUUCGGGUCUAUGGGAGUCGAUUGAACUCACUCUCUCCUGGCGUCCCCAUCAACCACGAUAUAUUUGUUACCUCCGCUGAAAAUCCCACCGAAAUUCUUUUAAAAAUGGAGGGAUUGACGUUAACACCUGUUCAUGAUGACAUAGCGUCUGCGAAUGGUGAGCCCAAAGAGUUAUGCUAUAAGCUUUGCUUUGAGCCCUGCCUAGAAUUUUUGACCACGGAAAAUUUGAGAUCAUUCGAUGGGGCUCAUAACACGAACCAGAACGAAAGGAGCCAUAUUCACAUCCUCAAUCAGGUUUCGUUUUUUUUCCUCGAGAAAGCGUUAAAACAGCUUGACAAAGAGGAAUACCGUAGCCUCCGUCAGAAACACGAGCCGUUCUAUCAGUGGAUACGAACUUUAAACUUACAGACAGAGAAUGGAAGAAUUAGACUUCAUCACUCAGAUUGGUCGCAAUUCAACGAGGAAAGGUGGUCAUUCGUUAUUAACAUGGCUCAGUGCAUGGGGACAGUGGGGAAAGUGACAUGUUCCAUAGGUGAAAAUUUUGUACCGAUUUUAAAUCGGGAAAUAGCCUCAAUAUCCACCAGUCUUGGUGACGAUCUCCUGGAACAUUACUACGAUGAGCUUAGUCCCCUUAACCGGAAUUACGCCAACGCCGCCAUGUGUAUCGACAAGAUGGCUUUCCAGUACCCUGACAUGGAAAUUCUUGAGAUCGGAGCUGGCACAGGGGAAGGAUCUUUACGCAUACUGCGAAUUUUGGGGGGUGGUGACACUGGAAAAAUGCGGAGAUUCGCCAAAUACACGUACACUGCUAAAAGCACCCAUACACUCGUUAAAGCUAAGCCUAAGUUUCAAGCCUGGGGUAGGUUCGUGUCAUGCCGAAACUUGAAUAUUUCGCAAGAUCCUUCUGGCCAAGGUUAUUUACCAAAAUCGUACGAUCUAAUAAUCGCUUGUCAUUUGUCGGAUUCGACAGAAUGUUUACAUGAAGCCAUGGCCAAUGUGAAUGGACUUCUGAAACCUGGAGGGAAACUGGUUUUGCUCGAUUGGACGGCCAGACAUUUAUAUCAGUUCGUCCCCAGAUUGCUUUCAGGCUCUUGGUCAACCGAAAGAUCAGGUCGCGCGGGUAGCUCUAUUCGGAAUAAAGACGAGUGGGACAAGCUGUUCCGAGAAACAAAGUUUUCUGGAUUAGACCUAUCUCUGGACGACUAUCCAGAGACCCUUGAGCAGUCCAGUAGUCUGAUGCUAUCAACCGUCCAAGCAUCCGAUGAAUUAUCCGGCAAGGAAAUAGCUCUGGUUUACCACGGGGGAGUCAAUGACUUUGUCGCACCUGGUCUUAUCCGCGAGUUGGAAAAUAUAACUGGCAUCCGCCCCUCGGUUGAAGAACUCUUCCAAGUUAAUGCAAAAGGUAGACUAUGCAUUUUUUUCGGCGACCUAUAUCAGCCGCUUUUAUCCAGCAUGACACCGGAUCUUCUUUCAGCAAUUCAACUUCUAGCAUCUAGUGCCAGUGGUAUUCUCUGGGUCAUUCGUCAAGACCACCUAGCCUCGGGCUCACCUGAGUCCAGCAUGGCAAUCGGGCUAGCCAGAACUUUACGCUCAGAAACGGCGAUACAACUUGCGACUCUAGAGCUGGAAGGCAAUCCCCACCAUGGCGAAGCUGAUCAAAUAAUGAAGGUCUUCAGAGCUGUAUUUGGUGCUGAACCUAGUCUCAGGCAAGGAGAUAUGGAAUAUGUGGUUAGAAAUAGACUUAUUUGUGUUUCGCGCGUUUUUGUAGAUCCAGAAACGAACAAAUAUGUUCACGAAGAGUCUCACAGAAUCCCCCCUGAACUACAGCCUUUCUAUCAAAACGACAGGCGCCUCAAACUAGCGAUGGGACACCAUGGCACUCUAGACAGUUCCUAUUUUACGGAUGAGCUCUCAACAACUCAGCUCCCAGCCAAUUGGAUAGAAAUCGAAACUCGAUUUAUAGGACUAAAUUUCAAAGAUAUUAUGAUUGCCAUGGGUCAACUCCAGAACGGUCAUUUAGGGAAUGAAUGUAGCGGAGUCGUUACCGCUAUUGGGGAUAAAGUGACGGACUUCAAAGUUGGCGACCGGGUUUGUGCCGUCUCUGAGGGAGCUUUUGCCAAUUACGCUCGCUUUCCGGCAUCAAGCGCCUUGAAGAUUCCAGAUAAGAUGAGUUUUGAUGUAGCAGCAUCCAUUCCAAUUGUAUUUUGCACAGCAUAUUACUCUUUGUUUGAGGUUGGUCGUCUACAACGGGGGGAGCGGAUUCUCCUUCAUGCCGCCGGAGGAGGGGUAGGCCAAGCGGCCAUUAUCCUUGCUCAAUCGAUUGGUGCGGAGAUUUAUGCAACAGUUGGUAGCGCUGAUAAGAAGAAGUUUCUAAUGGAAACCUACAACAUCGACGAAACAAGAAUCUUUUUCAGUCGUGAUAUUUCUUUCGCUGACGGAAUCCGCAAAGCCACGGAUGGAGUAGGCGUUGAUGUUGUCUUGAAUUCUCUUGCCGGUGAAAUGCUACAGGCAACUUGGGAAUGCAUUGCUCCGUUUGGGCGAUUCAUCGAAAUUGGUAAAAAGGACAUUGUACGGAAUUCGAGACUUGAAAUGAUCCACUUCGACCGGAACGUAAGUUUUGCAUCUGUUGAUUUGACACUCUUGGCCAACAAACGCCCGCAGUUGAUGAAAAAGGUUCUAGCUGGAGUCUUUGAGAUGUUUGAAAAUGGCAGUGCUAGGAGUAUAUCGCCAAUUACGCGCUUUUCAAUAUCGGAUUUCGAGAAGGCGUGUCAUAAUUUACAGACCGGCCGCAGUAUCGGAAAGAUUGUCAUCGAAGCGGGGAAGAAUGCUCAGGUCAAGGUUUAUCCAAGAAAGAAGCAAGGAGAUUUUCUCGUUGCGGAAGCCUCCUACAUAGUUGUGGGUGGUACGGGAGGGCUCGGACGAAAUAUUACGUCAUGGUUAGCUGAGAAAGGGGCGCGACAUAUCAUUGUCGUCUCACGAAACGGUGCCUCGGAUGAAAGAGUUGGGGAGAUGAUUAAGGAUCUCGCUGCAGACGGAGCGACAGUCGUUGUAUGCCAAUGCGAUAUCAGCAAAAAAGAGGAAGUCGAAGCCAAACUGGCAACAGUACUAUCGCAAGCGCCACCUGUGCGCGGGGUAAUAUAUGGCGCAAUGGUUCUCCGAGACACACUGUUCGAACGGAUGAGCUUUGAUGACUACGACGCGGUUGUGAAACCAAAGGUUGCAGGAGUGUGGAAUCUACACCAUGCACUCGUAGGAUUAAGCUGUGAUCUUGAUUUCUUCAUCACUCUCUCUUCAAUUGCUAGUCUUGUCGGUAACAGGGGACAAGCUGCAUAUGCCGCCGGUGGCACUUUCAUGACAGCUUUCGCACAAUAUGGAAACGCGCGUGGUUUACCUUGCACUACUAUCGACCUGGCUCCCGUUCAAGGAAUCGGGUAUCUCGCGGAAAAUCAGCAGAGGAAGAACGAAGUCGAAAACUCGCUAGUCGUGGAUUGGGUUAAUGAAGCCCAGCUUCGAGGACUUCUUGCCGCCGCCAUCAGAGGCGAUAUGGUCAAUACCUGUCACCACCACUGCAUCACCGGCCUAGGAAUAUUGAAAUCCAUCACCGGUAAAGAGACACCGUGGUGGACCUUGGAUCCAAGGUUUUCACAUCUCGUUCAGUCGUCCGCCUCUGAUGAAGGCCAAAUAUGCGACCCCACAUCUUCUCUAGUCAAAGCAUCUCCCGGUCUUGCGGUGAGAAAUACAGCUGAUCGCGCAGAUGCAGAAAGAAUAGUUACGGAUGCUCUUGUUCAAAAGGUAUCCACCAUAAUGAUGCGGUCCGUCGACGAAAUUGACCCUUUAAAACCUCUGGGCACAUACGGGCUGGACUCCCUAAUCACCAUUGAGGUGCGCAAUUGGAUCUCCCGCGAGCUCCAAGCGAGCUUGCAAAUCAUGGAAAUUCUCGUGACCAAGUCUGUGGUAGAGCUGGCGGGGCUGAUAUUGAAGAAAUCAAAGAUCGUGAGCGUGGAGGCGAAAUCGCGAUGGGGGCUCAGCUGA